AUGCCCAAGAUCGACUUGAACGAAGUGGAGCUACCAGCCCUUACGCUCACGCUCGAGCGAAAGCUCGUUUUGCUCGCUGAACUCGAUGCCCUCGUCGAGAGCACGCUCGAGCUCCGAAGUGCCUUUGCAGCUGGCGGUCAUCAACUUGAUACGAGUGCCUGGAAACUCGUCAAGACAGUGGACGACGUCCGCGCUUACCGUUCGCGUCGCGCGUUGCACGGCGUUUCGGACCAAACUGGGGACACGUGCGAAAUGGACUCGUACGCGUCGUCCUCUCGCUCGAGUUCCCAGGGAUCCAUGCGCACACGGGACAAGACGUCCAGCCUCGGCUCGUCCACGUCGUCCAGCGGAGAAGGACGUGGACACCAAAAGGUGCCGAAGAAGACGGCUCGACCUCCAGCCGUCGUGAUUUCCGGCAUCAUUGACGGCACAGCGGAAGAUGCGAUGCUCGGCAUUAUCUCCGACACGGAAGUGAAGUUCAAGAUCCGGCAGGCAUAUCUGAAGACCGAGCUUGAUGACGCCCGUACGCUCGCGGCGCUCGUCCUUCCCACCCGUGAGAACCCCUUUGCCUACGCAGCGGUGAAAUGGGGUCUCGAGCCAUACAGCCACUUCAGUCAAGCUCGUGACUUUGUCUUCUUAGAAGCUGCUGGCUUAACGACCGACUCAAAAGGCGAAGUUGUUGCCUAUGCCGUUCGGCAAUCGGUUGAUCUCUCGGACAUCCUUGACCUCGUCCGUCUACCGAACGUCAUUCGAGGCUAUAUGUCUGGCUGUCAGACGUUCGGGAAUAUGACACCGUUGGGUGACACGGGUCACCCGACUGUCGAGGUCUUUUCCCGUGCUUUCAUCGAGAUGGAUGGCAGCGUGCCAGUGAAUAUGGCAGCAGCUGCGUAUGCAGAGAAGCUCAUGGCGCUUGCUCUUUGUAUGGAGUGUGCGUACACGCACAAACUCGCGUACUUGAUGCGGCAAGGAACUGAACGAGGACGUCAGGGGAGCAGCAGGCAAAUCACGUCAAGCAGCAAUUGCACGAAUUGCACGCGUGUCGUGUGUCGAGAUUUUUUUUUUCUACAGCUGCAACGAGGAGGAUGCUGUCGAAUCUGCCAACGAACGUUUUGUGGCAGAUGUUCCGUCACGAGGAAGAUGUACGUGAGUCUCGGGAACGAAGUGCUGCAGAAAUCGAUGCUCUUUUGUCUCGAGUGUUUGUUGGAAGCCAAGUCGAUUGAUGCACGGAUAGUGGCUUCGGACAAGAUUCAUUGGUAA